UGUCUGCGCUCUGCUGUUCCCUUCCCAACAGGAAAACGCUGGACGAGAGGCACCGUGCCACACAACCAACCACCGCAGUGGAAGGCGCAAGUCCUUGAGAGAGACACGGAGGACUAUGUCCGCUCUCUCCCGCACCGAGGGACGCUUGAAUCAUCGGCGAAACAUGCACACCGCACAUCCGAUGCCUCUGGUUUAGCUCGGGAGACCCUCGGCGCCCUGUUUACCACUUAUGCUCUGGUGAAAUCUUCCCUACUGCUGUUGCUGCUGCUGGUCCAUCCCUGUCCCCUCCUCCUCCUCCUCCUCCUCCUCCUUUCCCCCCUCCCUCUCCCUCCUCCUCUCCGCCGUCCCGUCGCCAGGAUGGACAAGGCGCUCUGCAGUCCUCAUCCCGGGACGCACAAACCCAACUCCGGCCCGCUCGCCUCCUCGGACCGGGGAAACUCCGUUAGAAAGAUCGGGAGGACCGGGUCGCACAGCCCCGGCUCAGGCUCCCUGGGUGGCCCGGCUGGAGCGACAGGCAGCCGGGGAGCUCUGCUGGGGAACAGCAUGAAUUUGCAGCAAGCGCACAGACGACAGCUGGAAGGAGUGCUGAGCAAAUACACCAACCUGAUUCAAGGCUGGCAGAACAGGUACUUUGUGUUAGAUCCAGAGUUGGGACAGCUGCAGUACUUUGUCAACGAGCAGGGAAAGAGCCAGAAGCCGCGAGGGUCCCUGCCCUUGAUUGGUGCCUCGGUAACCCCGAGCGACGAGGCUCCACACAUGUUCAUUGUAAACUCUGUCAAUGGAGAGCUGUACAAACUCAGAGCCUCCGAUGCCAAGGAGCAGCAGUUUUGGAUCAAUCAGCUCCAAGCCUGUGCCAGACGUCAUUCUGACAGCAGUGCCAAGGUGAGGAAGUUGAAGGGGUCAGAUGAGCACCUGAGUGCGGACAGGGCAGGAGGAGGCCAGGAGGGGCUGGGCUCCUCGUCCUCCAGUCGGACCCGCAGCUUCUCCCUCCUCCCCCACCUACCUCCAUCUUCCUCGCCGGGUUCCCAGAGGCACCCGGUCACGCCCAGCAACAUCGUCACCAUCACCCACCACAAAUCUCCAGCUGCAGCUCGGCGGGCCAAGAGUCAGUACCCGGGACGGCUGCUCGAGGUCAAAGAGGUGAUGUCCCAAGCGGAGAGCCAACAGAAGAGCCUGGUCCAGUCCAUUGAUUCCCUGCCCACCAAAGGCCCUCUGUCCUGCCUGGACCAGGACCUGCUGCUGCUCAAAGCCACGUCAGCUGCCACGCUCAGCUGCCUGGGAGAGUGCCUGAACAUCCUGCAACAGACCCAGAGCCACGGCCAGGCACAGUCACAGGCCCAGGCCUCCCAGCCCAACCAUGCCGCCCACGGAGCCCCCUCCGAUGGUGUUCCUGUGUGGACUGUACCAAAGUCGCCCUCAGGGGAGCAGUUGAAGAACGGAGGUCUGACUCCUCUGCGAUCAGCCGAGCCCUCCCCGGCCCUCAGGAAAAAGAGUCUGUCCCAUGGUGCUGAGCACUACCCAGGGCUGGAAGACAUCAGCCCCAGUGAAGAGGUGACGGAUAUGGAGGACAAUGAAGAGGAAGACCUGGGUGUCCUGGACGACCAGCGGAGCAUCAUCCUCCACCUGCUCUCCCAGCUCAAACUGGGAAUGGACCUCACACGGGUGGUGCUGCCAACGUUCAUUUUGGAAAAGCGCUCGCUGCUGGAGAUGUACGCCAACUUCAUGGCCCACCCUGACAUGUUCCUGUCCAUCACAGCUGGCACCACAGCCGAGGACCGCAUCGUCCGCUUCGUCGAGUAUUACCUGACCGCCUUCCAUGAGGGCCGCAAGGGCGCCGUGGCCAAAAAGCCCUACAACCCAGCUCUAGGGGAGACCUUUCACUGUUCCUGGGAAGUGCCUCGGGACAAAGUCAAACCCUUGGUCAGAUCUAACCAGGGGUCCACCAGGGAGCCAGGCAGGAGCCCCAACAAUGCUCAGCAGAGCGAGAGAGACGAUUCGUCCACAGGGUGCUACAGAGUCCGCUUUGUAGCUGAGCAGGUGUCCCAUCACCCACCUGUGUCUGGGUUUUACUGCGAAUGCCGGGAGAGGAGGAUGUGCGUCAAUGCCCAUGUAUGGACCAAAAGCAAGUUCAUGGGCAUGUCCAUAGGAGUGUCCAUGGUGGGGGAAGGCGUCCUCUGUCUCCUGGAGCACGAUGAGGAGUACGUCUUCACGUUGCCCUGUGCCUACGCGCGCUCCAUCCUCACCGUGCCAUGGGUGGAGCUGGGGGGCAAAGUGUCCAUCAACUGUGCCAAGAGCGGCUACUCUGCCACAGUCACUUUUCACACCAAGCCUUUCUACGGAGGGAAGGUACACAGAGUGACAGCCGAGGUUAAACACAACCCCACAAACACCAUCGUGUGUAAGGCUCAGGGCGAGUGGAACGGGACGCUGGAGUUCAGCUACAGCAGCGGGGAAACCAAAGUGAUCGACACAACCAAACUGCCCGUCAUCAAGAAGAAGCUGCGGCCCGUGGAGAAACAGGGGAGGACAGAGUCCAGGCGGUUAUGGCAGCAUGUGACCAAGUCGCUGAAGGAAGGGAACAUCGACGAGGCCACGGAGCACAAACACAGGCUGGAGGAGCGGCAGAGAGGGGAGGAGAGGCAGCGAGCAGCUGACAACACACCCUGGACACCCAAAUACUUCACGAAAGAGGGAGACGGUUGGAUCUACAACAACCCACUGUGGAAGUCGACCUGACAGCAGAACAGCAGCCUGCUCUCACGGACAGUAACAGAGAGCCUCCUCACGCUGAGGUCAGAGGUCAGAGGUCAGAGGGGGGGCGAGGGCCUCUCCGGGGAGCUGUGGCCUCCACAGACUGAAAACCCGAGCUAGAGACUCACCGCACGAAAGCUAAAGGAGGCUCGCACAGGAAGCAGCAAGGUGCCAAAGGGAUCUCCGCUGUUAUAACCAAGAAGGGGCUGGGGACUCUCGGGACAAAUAUACAUUUUUUAUAUAAUAGUAUUACUAUUCAAGGUAGAGUAUUUCUAUUUUUCACCUUGCCAAGGCCUUUUUUGCACACGCACAGUUAUGGAAGUUUGCCACUGGUGUUUUUUUUUUGUUUGUUUGUUUUUUUUUCCCAGUAUGUGUUGUCAAAUACAUUGUGUUUCUGGUUGUCACGCAGCAUUAGAAUGAAACAGAAUUAGGCCGAGUUGUCAAAUCGGAGUCCCCGGUGACACACCAUACUGUCGAU